GUUCUGGCAAUCGGUCUUGGUGGACGUGGCCGUCUAGAAGACGCCAUCCAUCAGCUCCGUGGAAUCCAUCAAGAUGCACUGAACUACAAGCCAAAUCUGGAUGAGUUGGAAAGGAUUCACCAGGAAAUGCAAGAGAACUUUGUCUUUGAGAAUAGAAAGAGCAGGUAUUCGAUGGAAUCUCUACGUGUUGGUUGGGAAAGUCUGAUCACAAGCAUCAAUAGAACGAUCAAUGAGUUGGAGAAUCAGAUCUUGUUGCGUGACAGCAAGGGAAUCUCCGAGGAACAAAUUAACGAAUACCGCGCCUCAUUCAAUCACUUCGAUAAGGAUAGACAAGGCCUUGAUCCCGAACAGUUGCGAGCAUGUCUCAUCUCCAUCGGCUACAACAUUCGACCUGGACGGGAGGCAAGUAAAUUUCAUCCGAAGAAAAUAGGUGAUGCCGAUUUGCAUAGGAUUCUUUCGCAUGUGGAUCCAAACCGAAUGGGACGUGUACCAUUCGAUGCGUUCCUGGAUUUCAUGACCCUCGAAACGGCAGACUCGGAUACGGUGGAACAGAUGAUUGAUUCGUUCCGUAUUCUGGCAGCUGGAAAGCCGUUCAUCACCGGCGAAGAAUUACGUCGUGAGCUACCCCCUGAUCAAGCCGCCUACUGUAUGCAACGAAUGGCACCGUGUCACGACCCACAGGCCCCGCCAGGCUCAUUCGACUAUGUGACGUUUAGUCGAAGUCUCUACUUCAGUCAGUAA